UGAUUGCACGCGUACAAAAAUCCCAUGUAUCCAUUAAUUGAUGUUUUAAAUUCAAAUAAAAAUCGUUUAUAUUUUUACGAUCUUCCAUUAGAGAGACUCCUAUUGGUAAAUAGAGGAACCACAUUGGAUUUGUGGCUUUUGGACGUUUAAUAAAUUGAAUAAUUGUAAAAGGAAAAUAGGAGUGAAAUUACUAAGUGACAUACAAAAAAAAUCAAAUAAAUUAUUUAAAUUCAUUGUGUUCAAUCGUUUGAAACAAAAAUAUAAGAAAUUCCAUUGAAGAAAGUGAACAACGCAUUACGUUUUCAAAAAUUCAGAUUUUGACAUUUCUGUCUGACACUUGACAAAUGUGACGUAUUUUACGAAAUGCACUUUUCGCAUAUCGUUUUACUAAUUACCUGUUAAAGCAUUAUUAUAUUUCAAAGAGGAGAAACCUAGGGAGAAACGCAUUGAAAAUUGGAGAAGUUAAAUAGAUUGUACUCAUAUUUUGUCAGUUGAAAAAAAAACAACGUUAAAAUGGAAAAUGAUCAAGAUUCAUCGCAUCAUAUUCUCAAUGCAUUAAACAACGAUUGCAUUGGUGAAAUUUUAGACCGGCUGAAUUCUGUGAUUGACUUACUGAACGCAUCCAAAGUAUGCCAACGAUUUCAACAGUGUGCCGGCGACUGUUUUCGUUCAAAAUACUCCAUGGUCAGAAUCAAUAGCGACGUAGAGCCAUUUGGAAAAAUGCCUCAUGUCCAAAUGCAACGUGUUCUAGCAGCGUUUGGUCACUUAAUCAGUUCGAUUGGAUGGGCAGCGUAUAGAGAUCGUCAACGUGAUGAUGAAAUCUUUCAAUCGAUUGUUAGAUACUGUCGUAAAACACUCAAGUGUCUAGAAGUCUCGAAAUACGAUUUCACACUGAAUGAACAACAUAAUUUUGAAGCCUUAGAAAAUUUGGGAAUUUACAUGUCACAGAUAAGAAUCGUGAGCCUCGAUGUUCCAUUAAAAAUAUUACACGUCAAUUAUUACAUGGAAUUGGACGAAAAUCCAUGGUUUCUACGAGCAUUUCCACACUUGGAAGAACUCUACUUCGAUUCAGUUUAUGCGUUAUCCGAUGAUAUGCUGACCGAAUUGUUUUCGCUUAAUCCGCAGUUACAACGAUUAGAGAUAAUAAAUUGCAUGGGAAUGACAUCAAAUUUGUUCAUCAGUAUCGGUCGAUACGUACAAAAUCUACGAUAUUUACGAAUUCGAACAUUAAGACUGCACGAAAACUCAGAGGAUAAAACGCAUCAUAAAAAUAUCAUUGCCCCAUUUGGACAUUUACGCAAUUUAAAAAAUUUGAUUUUGGAAGAAAAUAGUGAACUUUCGUUUGAAGUACCAUUCGAAAUUGCCGCCGAAAAUAGUUUACCAAUAGAAACGUUAGAGUUCACCGCAAUGCCACCAAAGAAUUCAGACGUGAUUGUACCAACACUUCAAACACUCAAACAUUUACACCUUUAUUAUGGAAACAUUUCCAUUGACAUGCUCAAGAAAUUCAUCAAAAACCACAUCGCACUGGAGAAAAUAAUUUUGGAAUUUCACUUAAACGCUACUGAGACCAUCAAAUCGGCCACCAAGUAUUUGUCAUUUAUCAAGCGAGAAAAUUAUGACAACAAGCUAUUUGAGCUAAAAUAUUCCAUGUUCGAUGGAAAGAUCGAAGCUCACGAAUUUUAUACAAUUCUAAAAUUGGCCGAAAAUCGCGCAAACGUUACAAUCAAAAUUCAUAAAGGACAAAUUUGCGUCCCAAAAGAUGUUCGACGGGCAAACCAAAAGUGGUUAAACAUUCUGUAAAUUAUUCAUAAAUACAUGUAUAUUACUUUUAGAUAUGUAUUUCAAAAUUAUGAUUUUGACUAUUUAAUAAAACUUGAUCAGUAAUGGACGUUAAA